GAAGGCCGCGCGGAGGCACCGCCUAGGGGACUACAACUCCCAGAAAGCCGCGCGAACCGAGAGGCCUUCGGGACGCGGACGUCGGGGCCGCGCCGGGUUCGGGAGAAGCGGGCGGAGUGCCCAUGACGAAGCUAGCGCAGUGGCUUUGGGGACUGGCGCUCCUGGGCUGCACCUGGGCGGCGCUGGCCACGGGAGCCCUGGGCCUGGAGCUGCCGUCGGCAUGCCGGGAGGUCCUGUGGCCACUGCCGGCCUACCUGCUGGUGUCUGCCGGCUGCUACGCCCUGGGCACCGUGGGCUAUCGCGUGGCCACUUUUCACGACUGCGAGGACGCCGCCCGCGAGCUGCAGAGCCAGAUCCAGGAGGCGCGAGCCGACUUAGCCCGCAGGGGGAUGCGCUUCUGACACCCUAACCCCAUUCCCACCCGACAGCCUUUCCUCCCGUCGCCCAUUAAAGAGCUUAUUUUCUAA